GAGAUGAGGACUGCACCUGCACUGCCCUGGUCCAGCACGGCAUCGGCCCAUCCGCAUCCCACUGGGGCGCACGGCUCACGCCAAGCGGACCGCCGCCGAGGACAAGAUCCGGAGGUGGCCGCGGCGGGGGCGACUGAGCCCGUUUCCAUUUCCAUUUGCCCUUUGUCCUGCGUGAACUCAAAAACAAUAAUAUUAAAAAUGAGUGUAAGUGUGAAGGCGACCCACAACAGCACUGAGGGUCAUUCCGUCAGUUGUUUGGGUUUAGCGACUUAAAAUAUGAAUCCAACUGAAGAGAAAAAACCCCAUCUGAAGACAACAGCUGUUUCUGCGUGAAAACUCGUAUUCUCUCGCAGGGAUAAUGGAAACUUUUUUUUGAUCUGUGUGAUCUCCCCGGGUUCAUCACGACAAUGUAGACGUCACUGUUGCUGAUGGGAUCAUUGCGGUCAGGUCACUGGGGGUGCCGCGGGCGGAGUCGAGGACAGAGACGGCGGCCAGCCCCCAGAAAUGCCCCCAACUAUGCCACAGCGAUGCCCCGGGCAAUGCCCAAAAUAAUGCCCCCAGCAAUGUCCAAGUAAUGCCCCAGCGAUGCUCCCGCAAGCGGCGGUCUGCGCCUGCAGAGACGCAGGAGAUCUGUCUUGAUUUCUCCCGGCCGUGCGCGGUGCUCCCUACUGCCUCACUGCCCCGCUCCCCCCGUCCCUCUCAGUCCUCUGCCCUUAUUUGCCCAGAACCUGCUCCACGCCCUCGCCUCGCCUCCCCCCGCCGCCGAGGGGCGCAGUCCGACAGACACCCGCGGUCGCCAAUCGCUCGGCCCGCCGCGCCCCCUGCCCAACGUCGCCCACCAAUCCGGCCGCCAGAGGCGACAUUCCCGGACCGAGCCGGCCGCGGGGAAGCGCCCGGGGGAGACACCGCCUGCGCCUUUAAGACCCCGUGAGCCACUCGCGAAACAUUUCAGCCCCGCAAACAUGGUGAUCAAAGUCUUUUUGGCCACUUCGUCUGGGUCCACUGCGAUCAAGAAGAAGCAGCAGGAUGUGGUGGGCUUCCUGGAGGCCAAUAAGAUCGACUACGCCCAGCUGGACAUCGCGGGCAGCGAGGAGAACCGCAUGUGGAUGAGAGAGAACGUGCCUGGAGAUAAGAAGCCCACCAAUGGAAUUCCUCUGCCCCCACAGAUCUUCAACGACGAGAACUACUGCGGAGACUACGAGACGUUCUUCAACGCAAAGGAGGAGAAUCAAGUCUUUGCAUUCCUGGGCCUGGCGCCACCCCCAGGCUCCAAGGAAGCUCAGCUGGCAGAACAGGCUCUAAUUCUUCAGAAUGGGAGAAGUCCAGAAGAACACCAUGAAACGCCAACAGACGAGCUAAAUGGCGAAGAGGAGGAAGAAGUCAAGGAGGAAGAUGAGUGGUGUGUAUCUGAGGAGGAAGACGAGCUGCGAGUCAGCGAGGAAGAAGAGGAGCAGCCUGUUACGGAGGACGAAGAGGAGGCGCCUCUGACAGAGGAGGAAGAAGAUGAUGCUAUAGAAGCAGAGGAUGAAGCAGAGGAAGACUCUUAAUGCUGUCGGGGCUGGGGCCUCUGUCUGCUGCCCCUCAGCACUGUGGCUCAGCAGCAGGCAUCCGGAAACCCCACACCCCUGCCGUGGAAGACUUCAAGCCGUUUCUCCAAAACACUUUUCAGCACAAUGAUGGAUUUGUCUCUGUUCACUGUGUAGGGAGGCAGACUUCAAGAUGACUUAAUUAGGCACGUGUGCAGCUCUGACAGGAGGCUUAGAGUGUAGCCACAGAUUGCAGUGCACUAUGGGGGCUGUGCUAUCAGUUGUGCUGUGUUCUGUACAGCUCUUCAGUUCACCCUGAAGAAACAACUGUUAUUGCUCUUCGAUGUUUGUGCGCACACACGUUGCUCUCAAAUGUAGUUAACUAUUAUCACUGGCACUGCAUCACAAAAUGACUUAAUGUCCUUCGUGGGCUGUCACAGGCACUAUGUACUAAUCAGUGUUAAGGUUAGGUCAUCAUGCUCAUUUGACAGCUGCACCUCUGUGAUGGGCAAUUGCACAGGCUAAGCUGAAGAAGCACAAAAUCUCUCAGGACUUUUAUGUCAAAUGUUUGGUUCAAUUAUAAGACACGUGUUGAGUUUUUGUGCUUCCCAGCUUUGUGCAAUUAGACUUUCACUUAUCUCUCCUAGUGAUGUGUCUCCGUCCUUAUCUCUGCUCCCUAAAUAGCAUUGUCAGUUUAAAUUAUGCAUACUUAUGUUGGAUGUACUAACGUGGUAACUUCAUUUUCAGUUCUCCUUGUAUGUAAAAAAUGUCAAUAAAGUUUGUGACUGAGAUGGUGGUUUU